ACAUUUUUCCGUGAGUAGUGGGCACAGGUUUCACUGAUAAAGCGAAAAUAGUGUCAUUAUCAUCGAUUCAUCGUUAAACCUCCACCAUAGCGGCGGGUGUCGAUUUUAAAGUCGAGUAAAUAAAUAAAUAAAUAAAUAAACGGGAGAAAAAUGCCGAUUGAUUUCACAGCGUUUGCGUACGCAGCCUCUGUCGCCGGUGGUGGAAUUCUAGGCUACGUGAAAGCCAAAUCAAUUCCGUCAUUGGGUGCUGGCCUCCUCUUCGGAACAAUACUGGGCUAUGGAGCAUACCAAACAUCCCAAGACCCUCGAAACUGCGCAGUUCUCCUGGGGACAAGCACCGCCCUGGGUGGAAUCAUGGGAUAUCGGUUCUAUAACACAAAAAAAAUCAUGCCUGCCGGUAUGAUUUGUGUCAUAAGUUGUGCAAUGGUCGUCAGAACGAUCUGGAGGAGCUUCCAGUCCCCUGAAGCACCUCUGAAAGCUGAAUAAAGACCACAAAUAAUUCCUUUGUCUCAAAACCAAUAAGAGAAAAGCAUAUUAUGGUUCGUCAGGUAGAGGAAUCGUGCGUAGGGAUUAUGGAGACAAUUUAUUGUAAAUUGUAGACGAGGUUUUGAUAUGUAAAAAGGCUUUUUUGUAAACAAUUUUUGUGUUAAUUAAACGGAUUUAAAAUGA